CAGAGGGGAAGGAGGGGCGUGCACGCCUUUUCCGCCCUGAGCCCGGAAGGGUGAUGUGGCUGGGGGUUCGCCGGCCUCACUAUGUCUGCCAUUUUCAAUUUUCAGAGUCUGUUGACUGUAAUCUUGCUGCUUAUAUGUACCUGUGCUUAUAUCCGGUCCUUGGCACCCAGCGUCCUGGACAGAAAUAAAACUGGAUUGUUGGGUAUAUUUUGGAAAUGUGCCAGAAUUGGUGAACGGAAGAGUCCCUACGUUGCAGUAUGCUGUAUAGUGAUGGCCUUCAGCAUCCUCUUCAUGCAGUAGCUCGGACAAAUACCUAAAUUUAAUUCCCAACAGAUUUCAAUAUAAAAAGGGGACUUAUCUGCAGAAAAUAAUGGAAAGAAUGGUUAACUUUAUCUCUCAACAUUGAAUGAGAUAAAUUUCCAGCUGCUGUUUGCUGUUUUGUUAUUGGACCAAUGUUCUAUAAAAUUAGGGUGUAACCAUUUAGUUCUCAAAGAGUUUGUAACAAUCAAUCUCAGUACUGUCACUACAAUAUUUACAUUCUGCAAUUGUCAUUUUGUUGUGUCCAAUACCAACUUUUUGGUGAGGUAUCUCUGAAGCACAUGGUAGAAAAAACUGGUGAAUUAUUCAAAUUCCUUUCACUGUGAUUUGGAAGUGAUACAUCUUUACAGAAUGAGAUCAUAUAUUGGACUAGUUUUUUCUAUUGGGAAGAAAGUUUCAAUUUUUGUUGAUAAAAAUUACAUUCAUAUUUAAUUGUACUUGCUUUACCUCUGGCCACACCAUUUUGAGCAUUAACCAGAGUACCUCUACAAGACAUACUCUGUAGUUUAUUACAAGUUUUCAAACUGUUUAAAACAAGCCUGUGCAAUGCUAAGGAGGAAGAUAAAUGAGAUAUUACUUGAAUGGUAUUGGGGAAGUGUUCCUAUCUAACAUAAAAGGGUUUAAAAUAGCCGACUGGUAUAGUAGCCUCCGCAACCUCUCUGGUUAAGUAUGGAAAAAUGUCUUAAGCAUAAAUUUGACCAGCUAUCUAUCAUUCUCUAAAUAAAACUACAUUCUUAAAAUGAAAAGAGCAAAACAGAACGAUUACAAAAUAAUAAUCCUAUGUGUUUUUUCAUAUUUUAAUUAUCUUAAAAUGCAAACUGUAUUUUUGUUGUUUUUUAAUACAGCACUUUGAAUCUAGUUUAUGUUUUGUCUGUCAACUUGAACUGGAAUCUCCUAUGUAACUUAGUAAGUGAUGAUUGAUAGUUUUUAAAUCUAUUGAUCUAUGUAUUAUAGCAUAAGUGUCUUUGAGCUUUGAUAAUAAAGAAGGACCUUCAGUGAUUUUCAUCAAGGCAAGAGGAACGUUGGGAAUGUGACACACAUUUCACUGUAGAGCAGUUAUUAUAAGUCUAUGGUUCCCAUUUUUUAAGAUUCAACUGAAAUUAAGUGAAAAUUUCAAAGUGAAGAAGAACUUAAAUAUCAGCUAAAAAAUGCUCUUUUACUGGGUCCGAAAGAAGUAACACCUGCUUGAGUAUAGUUGGUAGGGUAAUAAUUUGAGUGUAAUAAUUUAUAGUUUUAAUUUGAACAUUUCACCUAAAAUGUUAUAUGGUGUGCUUGAAUGUGAUAUUGUUAUGUUACAGAAUUACAUGCUUAUGAUUUUGUAAUUAAAAACUGGGGAGUUAUUUGUGCCAGACCCUGUAUAUAGUAUUAAUUAGAUGUUGUUCUCAGCUGUUAAUUCCCUAUAAGAUAAAAAAGCGGGAGGUGGGGGGACCAACUAAAGAAAAGAGAAUUAUUUUAAAAAGUCUGCAGGUAGCUCUUCCUGCAGAAGUAAGGUAUAGAACUAAAAGCCACCUAUUUUUAAAAACUAAACUACUUGGAAGAAAUUAUAGGAAACACUUAAGAAAGCUUGGUAUGCAUUGCCUCAGUUUUGUGUUUUUGUUUUUUGUUUUGUUUCAAAAGAUAAAAGCUCUUACAAGCUGUCCAUAUAAUUACAUUUUUGGCUUAUCUAAAGCUGAUUAAAAGUGGUAUAUUUUGCUUUACACAGGGAAUCAGGCUAUGAUAAUAUUUCCUACUCUGAACUGUCCCUUGGCCUUCAUGUUAGGUCAAGGGACAACCCCCAAAUAAUACUCUCUUAUCAGCAUAUACGUGAUAUCCCCCAAAUAAUACUCUCUCAUCAGCAUAUAUGUCCAGCAGGUAAGGCACCUUUCUGGGUCUGGUUUCUUAGUGGCCAUCUGUUGUCUAGCUCUGUUGCCAACUAGACUUUCCAAAAGCUAUGACAACUUUUUAUAUGCUACAUGAACCUGAUAUUUUUUUUAAAAUGAAUAUUCUAAAUAAUUCUAAGACAAUAUGGCAUUUUGGAGGUUGUAGGUGGAAGAUGGAAGAUGAAAUAAUUUCUUCGGAAAAUUUGUGGUAAUAUAUAAACGUUUGUAUUCUAUAGAUUCUGGACAGAGUGGGAGGCAGCUUAUUUCUGACCUCAGCCUUUCUGACCAUUUGAAACACAGGUUCUUUGGGAGGUUGGAGAAAGAUAGGAUUCUAUGACUAAAAGGAAUUAGCAUUUUCUUUAUUGUUUUCAAGGAGCUACCACUGAAUCCUGUCCUAGAACCCAAAGGGCAGUGUAGAUAGCUUUAAGGCCACGGAAUAUUCAGAUAUUUCCUUUGUGGUCUUGGUGCGGUGGUAGAAUGCAGAAGAGGAUUAAGGAUCAGUUUAAGCAUCAGCGGAAUGGGCUGUGUCAGAGUCUUGAGCUGAAUGGGAUAACGGGCACUGAAGUCCACAGAUCCCUAUGCUUAAAUACUCUGCCUAACCUUCCUGGCUCUAGAAUCCUUUGAUUCCAUCUCUCCUGGAAUUUUUUUCUGUGCCGAUACGCAGUCCUCAGUUGGCCUCAUCUGUGCCAAUGGCAGGAACAUUUCCUCCUACGCAGUCUGAAAAAUUGGUCGGUCAAAAGGGCACAUAAUGUGUUGAAUUCCCUCUGUGGCUUGAAAGAGUUUAGAAUGAAGUCAAAUGUCUUCUUAAUGCCUGUGCUGCUGUCCCAGGUACUAUCCUGAAUGUUCUUACAUGUUCAACUUCAAAGUAGUCCUUUCAUGCUAGGGAUAAUAGUAAUAUGUCAUUUAUAAUAGACACUUCCAUCUUAGUAAUAUGCAGAACAGUCUAGUUUUAUCAUAGGACAAAAUAGAAGUUUGAAGUAACUUCAAGUUUACAAAGUCAAAAAUGAACACAUCUUUACCUAGUUUUGUGAAAAGACCUAGGACUUGUAAGUAGAACAUAUUUCAAUAUUCUUUCAAGAGGGAUUUAUAGAGUGCAUAUUGAUACCACUGAAGAUAAGUACAAAAUUUCUCCCCUCUAUUAGUUAUAAAGUAGUUGUUGAGAGAGGACGUUAUUUAUACAAAGUGCUAUGUGAUAGUGUUUACUAUUGAGAUAAUGCCAGGAUUUUUGAAGAAAAUGAAAGGGGUGACAACUCAGGGAUAUGAAGUCUCCAAAGAAGCAAUGCUGAAGCUGAAUUUAAGAGCAAUGUGAAAAACACCAGUGAUACAUUAUAGACUGUAAGUACCCAGCUUAUGCCACUUAGGAAUUAGUAAGACGAGCCUAGAAACAUGAGCAGAGGUUACAACCUAGAGCAUCUGUAUCUUACUAUCUAUUACCUACCUCAAAAUUUAAGUUGCAUGUGUGUUCCCUUCUGCCUGACCAAAAAACACACAAAAAAAGUGUCCUCAAGAAAAAAUAAUCCUUCCUCAGUGUAUGUGGUAACAAAGUUGAGUGUAUCUAUGCUAACCCUAAUUUGGCCCAGGAAUACAAUAGUAUGCUCUCCAGAGAUUCACCUGCUAAGAGAGCUAAAGUAACCAGUAAAGUAAUUUUAGGAACUCUUAUUAGUCACUCAUAUUCUAUCAAUUGCAAAAGCAGCCAUGAUUGUUGAAGCACCAAUAGCACAAGGAACAAACAUGGUUGUAUUGUCUACAUUUCCUGGGUGUACAGGAAAGAUUUCCAAUAAGCAAGGACUUGAUGCUCUUCUCAAAGCCUUUGAAAAGUUACUGCACCAUAGGAAGCUAAAAACAAGAAUGGAAGAUUCUUAGGAACCACUCUUUGGUAUCCAGUAGAUGUUCAGAAUAUAAGUAGCUAAGUAAAAAUACUCAAUGU